UCUUUGAGACUUGAACUUAUUUGAACCUAUCUCUCUGCCUUUUCAUCCCAUCAUCGACACUGAAAGACCACUCGCUCCAGCACAAUGGCGGUGAUGAUGGUGUCAGCAGUGACCAUAGCGAUCAUCGCCUAUGCCAUUUACAAGUUCAUAAUCUAUCCCACCUUCAUCUCUCCGUUAUCCAGGAUCCCAGCGGCGCAUCCCACGGCUCAUUUUUCGUCGCUGUGGAUCCUGCACCAUCGUCUUCAUCAGCGGGAUACCCUCGUGGUCCAUGAUGCCCAUACCCGCCUCGGUCCAAUCGUCCGCAUCGCUCCGAACGAGGUCGCGAUCAACAGUGUCGAUGGGGGCAUCAAGACGAUUUACACGGGAGGAUUUGAAAAAGGCGAGUGGUACCAGAUCGGUUUCGCCAACUAUGGUGUUGAACCCAUGUUCGCUAUGCCGGAUCGGAAACAUCACGGCGUGAGGAAGCGACUCGUCAGUAAUGUCUACGCGAAGUCGACCUUGCUCGGAAGUGCUGCGAUCCGGGGGAUCACGAGCGUUGUGGUCCGGCAUAGACUUCGAGAUCGCAUCCGAAACGAUAUGAGACGAUGUGAGCGCGAGGGAGGCAGCGUUGAAUUCUAUGACAUUUUCGCGGCGGCGGCAUUGGAUUUUGUCUCCGCUUACGUCUUCGGUGUGACAAAUGCUACCAACCUUCUCGAAGAUCAGAAAGAGUCGGUGAGGUUUCUGAGAGAAUUCAAAGCUCGGCAGGUUUACACGUUCUGGCGACAGGAAUGUCCCUUGUUCACCAAAUUCAUGUCAAGUCUUGGCCUUCUUUGGACGAUUGUACCGCGAUGGGUCGAUGAGUCUAGUGAAAAGAUCGAGCGAUGGAAUAUGCGAUUGUGUGAAGCUGCAGAAGCAAGUUGCGCAAUCGGAGAAACCAACCAUGACCACCCGGAAUGCUUCCCCACCGUGUAUGCACAGCUCAGAGAGGGCUUGAUCAAGGUCACUGCGCAAUCAAUCGGAAAGAGCAUGACGUCUGUGGAUCAGGCGACCCGAGUGGAGAUCGCUGCGGAGUUGCUGGACCAUACCCUAGCAGGUCUCGAUACCUCGAGCAUCACGCUCACCUACCUUGCAUGGGAGGUCAGCCGACCAUCAAAUCGACAUUGGCAGGAUCUCCUCAGGAGAGAAGUCCGCAAUCUCCCUAGGCAGCUGCGAUGGGAUGCGCGGGCGCUUGAUGGCUUGCCCAUACUGCAUGCAAUCAUCAUGGAGACACUUAGGCUGCACGCUCCCAUCCCUGGUCAACAGCCUCGGGUGACACCCACAGUUUCUGAGGGAUGCUCACCAACCAUCCUGUGUGGACACGAGCUUCCGACCGGGGUCCGCGUCCAAGCUCAAGCGUGGAGUCUGCACCGAAACAAAGAUGUUUUCCCCGAUCCCGAAGCCUUUGAACCCCGGAGAUGGCUUCCUCCUGGCGGCAAUUCGCUCCCCGUGACGUCGUCAACGACACCAGAGCAUGCCAAGGAGAUGGCGCGGUGGUUCUGGGCCUUCAGUUCUGGAGGCAGGAUGUGUGUAGGCUCGAACCUGGCGAUGCUAGACAUGAAAGCAAUCGUCGCUGGGAUCUGGUCGAGGUUUGAGACGACAGCGAUCUCCGGCGAUGAAUCGAUGAGACACAACGGUGGCUAUCUCGCCGAGCCUCUCGGUGCUGGCCCGGGAGGAUAUUGUCGGCUGCAGGUGCGAGGUUUGGAUGACGAUAAGGAUGAUGACGAUGAUGAUGUAAAAUCACAAGAAACAGCCGUGUGAGAGAAGGCGAAUUACUGCCAAUGCAUGCGCUUGAUCCUGCGCUUGUCUGGUUGGGCUAUCGACUAGCCCAACACUCGUCGAGGGCAUAUGCCGCGAAAGUAAGCUCAGGAAGUUUCACCAAUAUGACGGCAAGGAUAUAAGCUC